AUGCCCAAGAAAGAGCCGGGUGUCUUCGAUAUAGCUGCUGUCUCUGACGAUGCGCUCUCUAUUCGCAGCGCCCGUGGACGCUCCACUCAUGUUCCAAUGCGGAUGAAGAUCAUUGCAGUACUCAUGGUAUCCUUGAUUGGCUUUGGGUCCAAAUGGUCUUCUGGGGUGACGGGAGCCAUGAAAUCGACGUUGAAAAAGGAAUUACAUAUCGACAAUACUCAAUACUCCGUGCUGGAAGCAUCUCAGGAUUUCAUGGUCACAGUGCUGAUGUUGUUCACUGGUCUGCUGACCGAUCGCUUUGGUGGUGCGGGCAUCAUGGUGUGGGGGAACAUUGUCUACAGCCUGGGAUCAAUCAUCAUCGCAGCAGCAACUACUGUCCGCAGCUACAAGUUGAUGAUUGGCGGCAUCGUGGUGCAAUCCUUUGGAGACAUCGCAACACAAGUGGCCCAAUACAGGAUCUUCAGCUCUUGGUUCGCUCCCUCGGACGGCUUCGCUUCCACCCUCGGUCUCGAACUUGCAAUUGGCAAAAUAGGACAAUUCGUCGGAACCGCCACCGCGAACCCCAUCGCCAAGGGCACCGGCGACUUUAGCUGGGUUUAUUGGACUGCCGUUUUCAUGAACAUCUUCACCAAUUUCGCCACGGGAGCUUUCUACUAUUUCCGAAAAUACUGCGACAAGCACUACAGCGAUGGCAUCGAAGACCCGGCCACGGGAGAGAAACUUCGGGAGAACACGAAGAAAUUUGAAAUCAAAAAAGCUCUGCACCUUCCCAUGGCCUUCUGGGGCUUCAUCUGCUUCUCCACCUUCCAGACAUCCAUGGCCGUGGUUUUUGCGCAGAAUGCCACCGAAUUGGCCGAGCAGCGAUUCGAUGUCGACGGCACCAAAGCCGGUUGGUACACUGCAUCAGCGCGAUAUCUCGGCUUCUUCCUCGUGCCCCUCCUGGGAGCCUUCAUCGAUUGGUACGGCAACCGCCUGACCGUCCUCCUCAUCUGCGGCCUCACCUGCUUCUGCGCCAUGUGUCUCGCCGCAUUUGGGCCCACAGUCUCGGGCACUGCAGCCGCAUUUGGAGUCUACGCGAUCGGAUCGACAUUGGGCCCGACAUCCAUCAUCGAUGGUGUGCGAACUUCCAUCUGGUAUCAGGAUACCUUUGGCGUAGCAUACGCGAUCAAAGUCGUGGUCAACAACAGCAUGAACAUCGUCAUCCGCAUUCUCACAGGAGUCAUCCAGGACCACGAUGACAAUUCCUACAAUCACGUCGUCAUCGUCUAUGUUAUCUUGGCGGCGGGCGCCGUGGUCGUCAGUGUGACAUUGUUCGUUUGGAGUUUUUUCACAAAUGAUUUGAGAAGAUUGCAGUGGACGAGAAAGGAACGACAACGCUCCGGCGAGGAGAUUAAUUCGCAGCGCGAAGCGUAUGAGACGGGCAGGAAAUUGGGGUUGAAUCGUAAAGUCAGCGCGGGAUUUUUUAGUGCGUUGUUGGUGUUGAUUCUGGGGGCUUGGGCGGCGUACUUUUGGGGGUUGGCGACGGGGAAUAAUUCUUAG